GAAAUGGGUUACGGAUAAACACAAAUCCUCACGUAGCUAAAUUCUUUUUUCUUCUGGCAAUGUUAAUAUGGGAUAUAUUUUGCUUCGCUUGUUCCAACUUUGCAUUAUACAAUUUAGUGAGGAGUUAGAUCAUCAUUUAAAUUAUUUUUAUUCAAAAUUUAUUUUCAAUUUCUCGAAUAUUGUAAGUCAAAUUGCCUUUUCAACAUAAUAAUUUUUAUAAUAAAAUAAUAAUAACUACCAUUAGCUAAGGCUAAGGCUAAUGCCAAUGAUAAAAAUAAAAGAGGACUACAAGAUUAUUUAUACUACAGAGUAGACUACAGUGAUACAGUCACAGUGGCUAGUUUCCUAAAUUUAAAAUAAUAAAUAAACUAAGUAAUUGAAUCAAGUAUUUUUUAGUAAAUAGUAUAUCGCUAACACUAACCAUAAUAAGAUUAAGUACAAGUGAGAGUUAGACUAAGACUUAAGACUUUAUUCAAUAAUUUGUAGGUCUUAAUCUAAAUUAGAUUCUAAUGAAAUAAAUAUCCCUGGCCCUCCCUCUCUCUAUCUUUCCCCACAAUCUCAUCAGCACCAUCUCUUUCUUCAUGUCUCUACCCUCACUUUCUACCCUCUCUCCCCUCCAUCUCCCUCUCUCUCCCCCCUCACUUUGUGUAUUCUCCCUCACCCUUUCUUUUUCUGCCUCCUUCCCUCACUCUCUUUCAGAGACAAGCUAGAGCAGAGGUUCUCAACCUUUCUAAUGUCGCCACCCUUUAAUACAUUUCCUCAUGUUGUGGCGACUCCUCAACCACAAAAUUAUUUUCGUUAAUACUUUAUAACUGUGGAGUAUAUGUGUUUUCAGAUGGUCUUAGGUGACCCCUGUGAAAGGGUCGUGCGACCCCCAAAUAAAAUAACAUCAAAGCCCAUUUUGGACAUCUGUCUUCCUCUGCCCACCCCUUACUUAUGCCCCUGCUGUCUUUCCCCCUCUCUCUCUAACUUUAUUGUUUUCCUUCUCUGAUUAUACUUAAUCUGAUUUUAAAAUUAUAUAAAAUGCCAAAUAAUUUUGUUUCUAUUUGUCUCUAGACUCAUCUUUCACACUUUUUCCACCUUAAGUAUAAGUUAAAAACACUUAGUUUUUUUAAUUUAUGAGAUUUUAACUGCCUUCUCACCUCUUGCACAUUCGUAUUGAAAUUUUACAAAGAAAUGUUAUUGAAACAGUUAUCUCAAACUAAUUUUUAUUUCAUCAGAAGUAUGCUUAGAAAAAAAAAGAGGUGGGGGGUAUACUAUAUUUAAAAAAAAAAUAAUGAGUUUCAUAAGGAUAUUAAAAAAAAGAUUACAGGUUGUAGAGUAAAUCAUUAGAAACUUGGUUAUGGUUGUUCAGACAAAUUGUGAUCAGGAGAAUUUCAUAUCAUUAAAAGUCAGAUAAUUGAUGGCAUGUUAAAUGUUAUAAGAUAAAACCUGCUAUAUAUAAAUAAAAAAAAUUUUUUUUUUUUUUUUUUUUUUGAAUUUUUUAUCUGACUCAAAAUGUCAUUGUGAUAGUGGUUACCUUCUCUAACCGAAUGUAGACUGUACAUUGUUGGGUCAAAAAAAUUUAAGUAUGGGCAACCCAUUGCAUGAAUAACCCAGUGCCUGGAUAACUUAUUCAUGUUUCUACUGUGCUGUAUGUGCAGUUAUUGAUCAUUACACAAGUAUCACCAGAUAACUUAAGUUUAAUAAAAUGCAUACAUUGGGUGGUUAACAUUUGUACUGCAUCAGUAUAAUCUUCUUGUAAAUGCUUCAAAUGAAACUUGUAUUUGCUAUCAAUCACUAUCACAUUUUUUAGAGGUAAAUCCAUAAGCAAAAUCCUUUGGCAAGAAGACCAUGCACACUGGAGCUGUAUAUUUAUAACUUUUCGUCAGAUGUUAUUUGUCUAAAAGCCAUUUCAAUUGAUGUUUAACAAUCUUAAUAUAAACAGAUGCAGCUGAUGGAUUAGAGUUUUGGGGUGGGUGCAUCCUUUAAAUGAUUAAAUACUAUCCAACUUGUUGCUGGGGGGGGGGGAGGGGGUGUAUUUCCUAAGCUGAAGUUCUGCCUCAGCAACUACCCCUCCAGUACUACAGACUGUCCCUCUUAAAUGUGAUAACAUCAAGAUUCUAUGUUAUAUAUUUAAUUACUCAAAACCAAGGCCGUUCAAAAAGGGGAUGACAACAUUGGCACAAAUUGUCUUAAGAUAGGACCCUUAUAUUGAAGAACAAUAAAAUGGCACAUAGAUUACUAAUAGAGGGGCACCAAAAUCUUUUUUUUUUUUACUGGUCCACCUUGGGAGGCACUUUUUUUUCUAUCUAAUGGUGGGUGCUACAUUUCCUUGAUAAUGUAUAAAACACAGAUAAAUUUUCAGGGUCUGGCCAGGAGUGUCCACAGUUCAUUUCCAUUAGUAACAAUAAAAGUGACUUGUAAAGCAGAAGGUAGUUUUGGUGGUCUUCAGUCUGGGCUACAGGCUACAGUCUCUGCCAUCUUCUUCAUGUAUUAAUUUCUAGUUUUUUUAUAAAGAUAUUAUUUUUGUGUUCUUGAUUUUAUUCCCAUUAAAAAAAAAAAUUGUUUCGGUUUCAGAUUGUCAAAGAUAACUGUUUCUAGUGUGUUAAUGGUUGCAAGUAGCAGGCAGCAAAGUAAGUAUAUACCAGUUCUGUUAUCUGCAAUGACAUUUUUAAAGCCUGCUACUAUUAUAUUAACCUGAUUUAUACCUGGGUUAGUAUUGAUGAGUUGUUGAAAUUAUGCUACAAGGAAGUAGGAUGAAGCCAAUGUCAAACAAACUAAUUUAGCUCUUUAAAAUAUCAUAGUCUGCCUCAGAAUUUUUAAAGAAAAGAUAUAAAGGAAAAUUUUUCAACUCUUAGGUGUAACUAGAUAGAAAAACCGAAAGGGGACAUUUCCUCUUUUGCAUAAUAAUUUACUAUAGUAUUAGUAUAUCCCCCACAAUGGGAGAAUUAUCACCACAAUCAAAGUUUAAGAGAGUACCAAUGAAUGCUUCUAAAGCUAAAGACUGCAUUUCUCUAGUAAGGAUAAACACCUCCAAUUAACUUACAUUAUAAAGCACAAUGAGUUGGAUACAUAACUAUAUAUCCAUUUUUGUCCUCCAUACAAUUUAAAUAUCUAGACUUAUUUAGCCACUCCCAUAAUAAUGUAUUGGUAUGAAUUCACACACCAAUACUCUGUUGGAUACAUAAUCAUCAUGCAUUCCCUCAAGCCACCUACAAACACUGUAAGGCCAGCUUGGCCUUAGUCAUAGCUGGUGAACACAUGUUGCUGCCUGGCAUCUUUGAUAAGUUGGGGGUGGGGGGUGGAGAUGGGGGUAUUAGGUUACAGGCACAGAUGGUAUUCAGCUCUUUAACAAUGUUUAAACCUCUUUCUCCUCUCCAUCUGGGCUUUCCCCACACCUUUACCACCACAGACCCUCCCCAAACCUUCUUGUUUAAUUACUUUGAUUUGUGUUGAAAUAGGAGACUUUAAUAAGGACCACAUUUUGAUGCCAUUUUCUUUCUUCUUUUUUUUUUCCCUUUUUUUUUUUUUUACAACUUGGUCUCUUUUUCCCUAAAUGCGCAUUUUUUAACCUUCAAUUCAAGCUACAGCUCACUUUUAAAAUAAACUGAGAUUUUUAAAAAGUUUUUUUUUUCCCAAGUUUUUUUAAAAGGAAAUGGAAUAUUUUGUUUUUUUUUUUUCUUUUUUUUUUUUUCCCUUUUUUUUUUUUUACAACUUGGUCUCUUUUUCCCUAAAUGCGCAUUUUUUAACCUUCAAUUCAAGCUACAGCUCACUUUUAAAAUAAACUGAGAUUUUUAAAAAGUUUUUUUUUUCCCAAGUUAUUUUAAACGGAAAUGGCAUAUUUUGUUUACUGUUGUUUACUGGUGUCAAAGAUUUAAGGAUGUGCACUAAAAGAGUUGAGGGCUGCUCAAGAAGUAUAUGGUUUCUAACUAGGUCACUCUGUCAAAGAGUUUUGUUGUUACCUGAAAUAAGCCAAGUAUCUACACUUUUAAUAAGAAUUUUAAGGAUUAAAGUAAAUAAAUGGUAGUAUAGCUUUAGUUUAUAUAACUAAUUAUAAGAAUGUUGGACUGCAAUAAAGCUUUCAAGAGGUUAAUAAAUCACAAACAAUUUAUGUAAAUAAAACAAUGUAGGUUAAGCUUUAAUACUGAUAAAACAGAAUACAAAUGCAAAAGUUUCAGCAAAUAUGUCUUCAUUAGUACAACAAAAAAAAAAAAAUUCUAAUAAGUAUAAAUAAAAUUUACAAUAUAUAUAUUAUGUAUCCUUCCUAAAAAUUAAAGAAAAUAAUAAGAUUGGGCACUAUCCCUGACAAAAACAAAGCUCAGAAGAAUGGAAAGGGUGUGGGUGGAAGUAAAAAUUUUUAAAAACCUAACCGUGUGGAAAAACAACAACAUUGCAUCUAUGUAAAACUGUGAAUUUGGUUUAUACUAUAACGAGUCAAAGUACCAAAUAUUGUUAUUAAUUUAUAUUCCAUAUAAAUUCUAUCUGGUGUAUUACUUGCAUGCAAUAGACCAGUAACUGCAAUGUCUAAUAUCCCAUUAUGGUUAACACUAUUAAGAUGUUUAGAAACUGGACAAAGUGUUUGUUUAUUGAUGUUACACAGGUGUUCUCUAAAAGUGAUGAACUGUCUCUCCUACGUAUGAUUUUCUACACUUUUUACAAAGGAUGGUGUAAAUCAUUUUGCGACUUAUAACAUGCUACAGAUGAAAUUCUGGAAUUGAAGCAUAAUGCAAUGGAGUGUUUGAGAUUUUAUAUAAGUUUAUAGGCAGUCUGUGAAAAUAUUCUUUUUAAAACUGUUCUUACAUUAUUUUUUAAAUUCACUCUCUUUUUUAUCUUUGCAGCCCACGAUCAUGUUUCGCCGGAGUAGAUUAUUGGUGGAAUGAGAACGUCCCUAAGAACUAUUUCUCCGCCUGACACAUUCAGUAGGCAAGCUCCAUCAGUGAUCACAUUGGGCCAAGUUCGACCUGGCCCCCGGACCACUAAUGAAUAUGUGGAAAGCCCCCGUGCUCAACCGCCAUUGCCCCUCAAACCCCAACUGGCCACUUUAGCUGGAGGAGGGGGUGGCUCACCAGGAUUUGCACACAGAGUCACUCACUCCACGCGGGGGGCACUAACCCCUACGCCCUCACCAUCACCGGUUGUUUCCCAACAACCUAUCUCCAAAUCUCCGCCUCUGAAAAAGGAGUUGGCGAAUAAUGUGUUGGAUGGGGGCAGAGGCGGAGAUGGGGUCCAAGUCAUCAACGGGGGCACUGCGGCCAGCGGCGUGGGGUCUAACCAUGGAGAUGGUAUACUGUGUGAGCAGUGCGGGAAGUGCAGAUGUGCUGCCUGCACAGAGCCUCGUUCCUUGCCAUCUCACUGGUGCUGUCGCAAUAUGUGUGAGGUGAGUCCAGACAACAUGCUGGACGUAUGUACUUGUUUCUGCUGUGUCAAGUGCGUUUUCUACCACUGCGGGGCUGAGGAGGACAAUGAGUGCUACGAGAACCCAUGCGGCUGCUGCUCCACCCCUCACUGCUGCCAACGUUGGACUGUGAUGGGCAUGAUGGCACUGUGUCUACCGUGUCUAUGGACUUACUGGCCGGCCAAAGCCUGCCUGGCCGCCAGCACCUCCUGCUACAGUCACUGCCGACGCAAGGGGUGCCAGUGCAAUGAUAAACAUGACAAGACUUCUGUGCUUUCAGUAGGAGGUGUAGGAGGAGGAGGAGGAAGCAGUGUUGGUGGUGUUGGGGGCAACUCCAAACAUUCACAGACGCGGCGACUUUUGAUAGAGUCCGACUCAUCCAGUGCUUAAAGUGAUAUUUGAUCAGUUCGUUUCUGAUUCUAUGAGAAUCUCGGGGUCAUUAUUAUUAUUAUUAUUAUUAUUAAAGUCUAUUGUUGUUGUUAAUAUUUCACAAAUUUCUUUCUCCUACCCUAAUUUUAGGACUGUAUAUUGCUGUUCUACACAAAAAGUUAGAUUUUUUCUCCCCAGUCUGAGCAUUGGUCCUGUUUUCUUCCUUCCUUUCUUUCCUUUUUGUUUUUUAUAGAAAUUACGUUAAAAAUUUUCUUUUGGAUUAGUUUUUUUUGUUGAUAUUAUGCUUUAAAAAAAAAAAAGAGAAUUUAGCAUUCAACAUAAGACAAGUGUUUCUUGUAGGAAGAAUCUAUUACUGUUUGAGGCCCCCCACCUAGUCAUGAAAGUCAGAUGUGGCUGGUGUUUGUUCUGUGCUUAGAUGGAGCUGUGUUGUAAACAGAUGUGUGGUGAAAUUGUGUUGAGAAAUUUGCUCAUAUUGAGAGGUUAUGUCAACAAGUCAUUCAAGGAUUGAUGUAUUUGAAAUAACUUUUGGCUGACAACUACGUGACAGACAAUGACAAAUAUCAUUUCUGAUAUUUUAAAAAAAAUUAAAAAAUAUACAAGUUAUAGUUAUUUUCUUUUCUCUUCUUAAACUUGCCAGCUCUGUUCUUUAACUAAAACUAAAGAAUCUCAGAGGACAAUCAAUGGUUUCACUCAAGCUGAGAUAGAUCAAACCAGGGCUGCUGAAGUGACCAGACAGUGAGACCUUGAUUGGUCUCAGGUGGUGACACAAUUAUCUUUAAAGAAACUAGGCAGCCCUGAGUCAAUUGAAAUCAUAACUUUUAAGUAAAUUUUUCAUUCUUUAAAACAUGUGUUGUUUUAAGAUUUAUUUUUAGAACCACUUAUUCAAAGUGAGAUUUUUUUUUCCUUUCUUAAAAACCAGUUUACAAAUAAUCAUUGGAAGCAUGCCUCAUAUAUAUUAAUGACCAUAGUCACCAUUAGGAAUGUUUUAGAAACAAAUUUCUUACUUUACCUUAGGAAUUCAUAGCUAUCAUUUACAACAGAACAUUGUUAAAUAUUCAUACACAUCUAUAUACAUAUAUAUUUUAUUGUUCAUUCAUGUAACUUUUAAAUAUAGAAAGUCAUGUGAUCUUUUACAAAAAUAUUUUUUUCAUAUGAAGGCUUGUUGCAAAUUGUCAUUUACUGGAAAAUUCUGUUAAUUUGUAUAUAUUGGUCUAGAAUUUUAGAAAGAGUUUGGUGUAAAUUAUUAUUACUUCUGGUAGUUAACCUUCAAUUCUCUCAAGAUCAGACAGAAAAAUAAUACUAUUUCAUCUGGGUACAUAUAUCACAUGACAUGGAGGAGUUUCAACGUAAUUGCGCAAGUGACCCAAUUUAAGAACACUUUGAUUGAAACAUGUGAUUAUAUUUUGGGAUGCAUUUUAAAAUUGUCUCAAAGACUUGGAUCAAAUAUAAUGUCUUUUAAAUACAUUUGUUUUAGACUGUUCUUACUGCAGUAAGAUAUCAUUUUCUUUUAUAGGAAAAAAUUCAUCAAACAAAUUUUUUUAUUCAAUAAGGCAUAACAUUUUGAAAUUCUAUUACCCUGACCAAACUUUAAGUAGGCUGGCUAUUAAUUUUAUGCAUGAAUUCUCCCUCAAAGCUAUUGGUCAGAACAAAAUUAAUGUGUUUGAACCGGGUUAGAUGAGUGGGACAUUACCUUGUAUUAGAGUAGCCUCUUAUAAUUCAAAUGUAAUUGUUCAGAUUAACUAUCGACAUCAAGGAUGUUUCAUUUGAGUCUCACAUUCAAGGUUUGGGUCAUAAAUGUUCAUUUUAAGACCCAAUUUUAUUAAUACAUGUUAAAAAAACAAAAAAAACAUUUUAUUUUUUAGUGCUAAAACAAUCUUUAAUACCAGGGGUUAAAUUUAAUUUCACGGCCUUGUUAUAAAACAAGUUAAUGUUUUUUUUAAAUUUGCCCACUUAUAGCUAAUUAAAUUUAACAUCCUUUGAGUAUGUUAAAAAAACUAUUUAAAAAAAAAAAAAUUUUUAAAUUUGGAUUUCAAUAAUAUUUCUGGAAUUUCCCUCAUGGGUUGGAUAAAAUAUUUUUGAAGAGUUGCAAAUUAGAGAGGCUAGCACUACAAAUUGAUGGAGUUAAGUUCAAAGAACUAUUAAAUUUAUAUUUGAAGAAAACUGCUAACUGCAUAAAUAGAACAGACUUCUUGGUUAGCUUUAAGGGAGUUGUGUUAAAAUCUAAAAAAAUACUAAACAAACAAGGAGUGGGCUGGGGGAUACCUCCAUGCAGGGGAAUAAAUAAGCAAAUAGACCUGUUUUAAACACAUCCUAUGUUGUGUUUGAUCCAGGUGUAUCAACUAUUCACAUACAUUAAUUAAAACCUUUUUUUCAUUCAUAAUUUAGUGACAAUGGCAUCUUUUUUGUCCAUAAAUUUUAAUUAUGAGCUGGCAUCAUGAUAUGACCUUGACCUAAUUAGGGCAGACAUUUGUCACCUUCGUUUCUAGUGGAAGCCAGUGAUGGUCAGUGUUGAAUGUUAUCUUUUAUCGUCAAAAUGGCAUUCAUGGAAUGAUUCUCACAUCAUUGUUACCUUACAAUGUACACUUACCUUGAAUGGAUCAACACAUUAGCGUUUCUCCUUACUGCCUCCUCUACCCGCCAAAGUUAAUAUCUUUUACUCUUUUUUUUUCCCCCCAUACCUUGUCCCAUUUUUGUAUGUUUUAUCUUGAGCCUCAUUAAGUGUUUACAAAAUAUGUCUUCAAAAAAACUGUUUUCACAUAAAAUAAAGGUUUCAUGCCAUCUUUACAAAUUAAGCAAGAACAAAAUUAAUAGACAUUUGACAUAGAAGAGACAACUCAAACUAUAUAUCUCAUUACCGGGGAUCGAACAUGAAUUUCACAAAAGCCCUCAAUUACAAAAUUCUGUAUCAACUUUGACUAUAAUACCCCUUUAGCAAUCAAGUUGGGAAAUCAAUUUUACUGUUCCUUAAUCAACUUUCGAACAUCAAUCCUGCAACAAAUGUUGGAUGGACUUCAGUUGUUAAAUCGUAGCAGAAAAAACAUUUACAGGAAACAUAUAAAUCAUGCUAUUAAAUUAUAACCAUUGCGAUUGGUGAGUGUUUGCUUUGAAAAGUCAGCAUUAAUGAUUUUUUUUUAUUUACUCAGUUUUAUGAUGCAGGGAUUUUUAUAUUUUUUUAAACAUAUUUCUUUGAGGCUUGGAAUGUCCUUGCACCAAAAUAUGAAACUUGUUGAAGUUUAGUCAGUUCUCUAAAUAUGACUAUAGUAGAUCUCUCUUAACUGCUAAUAACUUAUUUUUGUUUUACCCUAGCUAUAAGAAGUAUAACACCACCACCCCUCCCCAACCACCAACACAUCUCCUCCCCUCCCCCCCCCUCCUCUGUUUUUUUAAUGUGAAUAAAUGUAAUGGAACUAUUUAUUAUUUAUUUAAAUAUACUUGUGACAUUUUGAGAUAAAAAUCAUGUAAAAUACUUUGCCAGAAUGGGUAUUUUUUUUUUCUGUACCAGUUUGUAUAUAGUAGUCUUUUUCUUCACCUCAUUAUGUCUGUCCUAUGUGAUCUAGUGGCAGAAAGACAUGUUUUGUGGAUAGAUAGAACACACUAGUGUUCAAUGUGAUCUAGUGACAGAAAUACAUGUUUUGGGGAUAGAUAGAACACACAGGAUUCCACUUGCUUGUCCUAAGAGAUACAUUUUGGUUAUAUUGAAUUCCCUUUUUCAAAUUAGUAUUAUCAACAAAUGUAAUAACAGCCAUCCGUAUGUUGUUCUAAAGUGCUCUUGUUUUUAGCACAAGUUAAAGGAUAUAUGUAAAGAUAUAAAUAUGUGGGGGGGGGGCGAAGGUGUGAGGGGUUAUGACGCAUUGAAAUUAAAUUUGUAUACAUAUUAUUAUUAUCAACAAAUGUAAUAACAGCCAUUCUUAUGUUGUUCUAAAGUGCUCUUGUUUCUAGCACAAGUUAAAGGAUAUAUGUAAAGAUAUAAAUAUGUGGGGGGGGGGGCGAAGGUGUGAGGGGUUAUGAAGUAUUGAAAUUAAAUUUGUAUACACACCAGUGUGCGGCCUGGAACAGGCCAAACUUUUUGCCGCCUCCUGUCCAUGAAAAAAAUCUACUGUUGCCGAAAAUGUCGCCCCUCCAUACAGGGCAAAAGUGCCGUCUGGGGGCAGACCCCCCUCCCCCUGCUUCCUAGGACACUGAUUCAGACCAGGUGUGGACCCUGUGUGUUUCCUGCCCUCUAGCUUCAUAAUUUGAUUUAACCAAAAGUUUUGCUCUGUCACGUAGUGUCUGUCAGUGACCGUACUAUGUUAGUUACCAUUCAUUGUUACUGUACACUGGUCAUUCGCUGGGUCCUCAUCGCUGCUAUGUAAUCAAACAAGAGACACGCUCAUAAUGUGUUGUAUCCAAGUAAAACCUGUUGAAGAGAGAAGUGGAGAAAGGUCAGUUUUUUUUUAAAUUUUAUAGGUUUUAGACUAUUAAUUGCUAUUCAUUUUGAGGAAAAUCUUGACACACCUGAAAGGGUAUUUAAUUCGUGUGGAGAAC